GCGGAACUCUUUUAUCUUUAGAUGAACAAACUUUUGUUAUCUAAAGCUCCUUUUCGUUUACGACAUUUCUCUUCCGCAAUUUCUAAAAAGACAAUGGCACCUAUUCAGAUUAAACCUGCUGACCGUGUAUCUCAUUUCAGUCGGGACGUUUGGUCUAUUUUUACCCCUCUUGCAUUAGAAUCAAAAGCUAUCAACUUAGGACAGGGCUAUAUGAAUUUUGGCCCUCCAGCUAUCGUACAAGAUGCAGCUAAAGAAGCCCUUAAUACAGUGGAAGCCAAUCAAUACAGUCAUCCUCGAGGUCGACUUAGAUUAAGAAAUACUUUGGCAGCUUCCUAUAGUAAAGAGUUUAAUAGACAACUUGAUCCUGAAACAGAAAUCCUUGUUACUGCUGGAGCAAAUGAAGGUAUGUUUUCUGUAUUCGCAGCAUUUUUAGAUCAAGGGGAUGAGGUUAUUUGUAUGGAACCUUUCUUUGAUCAAUAUAUACCUAAUAUUACAAUGAAUGGAGGUAAACCUGUGUAUGUACCUUUACGUCCUCCAGCUGAUUCUGAUCAACGUGUUAUUUCCUCUCAUGAAUGGAGACUCGAUAUAAAUGAACUCAAAUCCAAAGUGACUCCACGUACAAAAAUGAUUGUCAUUAAUACACCUCAUAAUCCUAUCGGUAAAGUCUUUGAUCAUGAAGAAUUGAGUGCAAUUGGUCAAGUAGCUAAAGAUCAUAACUUGAUUAUUUUAUCAGAUGAAGUUUACGAUCGUCUUUAUUAUCCACCUCUUAACCAAUUCCCCAGAAUUGCUAAUGUAGAUGGUCUUUGGGAUCGUACAAUUACGGUUGGAUCAGGUGGGAAAUCAUUUGCUGCUACAGGAUGGCGAGUAGGUUGGCUUAUUGGACCUAAUUCACUUAUUCAACAUGCCUUUGCUGCCCAAACGCGUGUAGUUUUCUGUGUUAAUUCACCUUGUCAAGAAGCGGUUGCUGCAGGAUUUGAAGCAUCACUUACCACACCUAUCUUUCAAAACCAAAUUGAAGCGUAUCUUAAGAAACGUACUAUGCUUGCAAAGGUAUUUGAUGAAUUAGGAUUACCCUAUACAAUGCCUGAAGGAGCUUAUUAUAUCUUGGUGAAUACACAAAAGAUAAAAUAUCCCGUUGAUUACAAGUUUCCAGAGAUCUUGAAUGAUAGAGGUGAUGAUUUUAAAAUGUGUUAUUGGUUAACAAAGGAAAUCGGUGUCUGUGCUAUUCCUCCCUCUGAGUUUUAUGAAAAGGAACAUUGGUCAUUAGCAAAAGAUUUUGCUCGAUUUGCCUUUUGUAAAACAGAUGAUGUCUUAUUGGAAGCUGUAAAAAGAUUAAAAGCAUUGAAAACUUAUAUUCAUUAAAAUAUAAAUAAAUAAAUUAUUCAUAACUUGUUAAAAAGAA